CGUAAUAUGGAAAGUGUGGAACCACUCAGCUACGCCGCAGCUCGUCGAAGUCUUGACGAAGAUACUGACAACAGAGAAAGAGCCACUCCAGAAACUAAACUCCUACAUUCCUCAUUUCUCCGCCAACUCCAAUCUUCUCAUACCGCUGCUCUCGUCCAAGACCUUGGCACGAAUGCGCACAACUCUCAUCUCUUUGCUUAACUGGUCACAUGCGCAUUUACAGGCGUCAUUAGGCCGGUCUCCGCUCCCUCUCCUCGCUGUGAAUGUGAUACCUUCACUCAUCUUCGCACCACAAGUUCGCCGACGCCAAAACCCUAAUGACAUCCUUCAUCGCGUCUGAUAAGCAGAACGCGCUUCACUACCACAUCCUCCACCCUGAUAGCGGAACUCGGGUUUCGCGGCCUGUUUAUGAUUUGUCCAUUGGAGCUUAUGUUGCAGCAGGUAGGCCUCAACAUGCCGCCCAUAUCUUUAAGAAGACGAAGAGGCUCCGUCUCAAGCCGAAUGUGCUCACUUGUAACACUUUGUUGAAUGUUUUGGUGAAAUAUCCUUCUCAUCAUACUUUUUCUUUGUCCAAGGAUGUUUUGGAAGAUGUGAUCAGUCUCGGCGUCAAGGUUAACUCCAACACUUUCAACAUUGUGAUAAAGGGGUGCUGCUUAGGGAGCAAGUUUGAAGAGGCAUUGGAGCUUGUGGAUAAAAUGACGCUGCAUGGUUGUUCACCGGACAAUGUUACGCAUAACACGAUCUGGACGGAAUGUGCAAGAAAGGGAAAUUGAUUGAGGCUAGGGACUUGCUGCUGGACAUGAAAAACAGAGGUUUGCUUCCUGACAGAAAUACAUUUAACAUUCUGAUAUCUGGGUAUUGCAAAUUGGGGCGGUUGAAGGAGGCAUCGGAAAUGAUUGACUUAAUGACGAUGAGUAGGAUUAGCUAGGCGUUUCGAUAUGUGGUCAUAGAAUAUGUUGAUUGAUGGACUUUGUAAAGUUGGUAGGAUUAGCGAGGCGUUUCGGUUAAGGGAUGAGAUCGAGAAGCUUAAGUUGUCACCUGAUGUGGUUACAUAUAACACCUUGAUUAAUGGGUGUUUCAAGUUUGGGAGUGGUGACGAUGCGGUUCCUUUAAUUGAAGAAAUGGAAGGGAAGGGACUGAAGCCAAAUGCUGUGACGCAUAACAUAAUGGUUAAAUGGUUUGUGGAGGAAGGGAAGAUGGAUGAAGCAGCAAAUGCUGUUAGGAAGAUGGAAGAAUGUGGGUUUUCUCCAGAUUGCAUUACUUACAAUACUCUAAUAGAUGGGUACUGCAAAGCAGGCAAGAUGGAUGAAGCAAUUCAGGGUGAUGUAUGAUAUGGAAAAGAAACAUCCGAAGAUGGAUAGCAUCACCCUUAACACAAUUCUCCACGCUCUUUGUGAGGAGAAGAAGCUUGAUGAGGCAUAUGAUCUGCUUUCAAUUGCCAGUAGGCGAGGUUACUUUGUCGACGAAGUUAGUUAUGGCACUCUGAUAAUUGGAUAUUCUAAGCAAGAGCAACUUGUUAAAGCUUUAGAUCUUUGCGACGAGAUGAAGGAGAAAAAGAUAAUCCCAAGCAUCAUCACCUAUAACUCCAUGAUAGCUGGGUUGUGCCGCUCUGGAAAAACUGACCAAGCAAUAGGUUUACUGAACGAGUUACUAGGAAAUGGUUUGUCGCCAGAUGAAACCACUUACAGUACCAUUAUUCAUGGAUACUGCUUGGAAAAGCAAAUUAAGAAGGCAUUUCGGUUUCAUAACCAAAUGGUGGAGAAUUCUUUCAAACCUGAUUUGUUCACCUGUAACAUUCUUCUCUAUGGUCUUUGCACUGGAGGUAUGCUUGACAAGGCUCUUAAACUUUUCCAUAGUCCAUACGUGGAUUUCAAAGGAAAAGGAAGUUGAUGUGGUGACUUAUAACACCAUUAUAUCAAGCCUUUGUAGAGAAAGGAGAUUGGAGGAAGCAUCUGGUCUUUAUGCAGAGAUGAAAGAGAAAGGAAUGAAUCCUGAUAGUUAUACAUAUAAUGCCAUCCAAAAAGCUCUAACUGAUGCAGGUAGGAUUGGUGAUAUUGAGGAUUUCGGUCUAAAGGAGGUUGAGAAAGGCAAUUCAGAAUCUCAGUCCAUACAAAUGGACUGUAGACAAGAUGAGGGUACCUGCACAACUUGUGCAGAAACUGAUCAAAGUUCCAUUUCGUAUUCUGAGAAGAUAAGUGAGUUAUGUGCUCAAGGAAAGUACAAAGAUGCCGUUCGACAUUUUCAAGUAGAGACAAAGGUGCAAGUACAUUGCUUGUUUUCAAGGACAUGGGGAUAACAAGACAGGAAGAAAUUUGCAUCUAUAUUUUAUCAGCUUUAUGGUCAAGGUUCGUCGAUCCAAAUCAAAGAGUUCAUAAUCCCAUCUGAGCAAAGAAAAUGUUCGAUUCCAUCUAUUCUUUAACAGUUGCCUUUCUUUUGUUUUGGAUGAUGAAUUUUUAUUCACUGUUUCUACUGCUUUGUUGGUUCUGAUUUUGCAGUGCUGUCCUAGCGCUGAUUGUAUGGCAAUUGCAAGGGCCAUUCUAAUGUAUGCAUGCCUCACAUUUGAAGAAGUUUCCUACUUUCAUAUUGUCAUUUUGGAUAGUCAGCUAAUAAGUAUUGUGCAGGUUGCAGGUUCUUAUCCAUGGGGAGAUAAGGGAUGCUAACUCUUUUACUGGAUGAAGUAGUUCCCACUGUCAAAUUUGAUCUUGUUCAUCUCUUAUUUCACCGAUGUAAGUUCGUUAUCAUUAAAAAAAAAUACCAGAAGAAUGUUCUGGCUUCACACUUUCUCCGUCGUUUUCAUCUGGUCUGCCAAAUUCCAAGCUGAUUGGUUAUAUUUGAUUCAGGAGAAAACUCAGAUAUGGCAACUUGCAGGCUCCAGGGAGAUGCAUGCCCACUUCUAAGUAUCUUGAGUACCACUUAAUCAAGCCGAGCAUAGACAGAGAACAUGUACUUGACGAGGUAUAGCAGUUUCUGCUUCUUCCCUGUUCCAGCAGUUGGCUGCUGGAACAUUUUAGGUGGCCCAAAUUCUUGUUUAGGUGGCAAGCAUGGUGCAUGAGAUGUUGAAAUGCCUAUAGAUAUUAUAAUAUGGUUGAAAAUUAUGACUUCAGAUUUGUGUCAUUUUUUUCCUAUGUAUGUAUACUUUUUCCACGUAUACGUAUAGUUGAACAUUUUAGAAAUUUUGGUUAUGCAGAAGACUAAGUUCUGACUAUCUAACUCAAGAGUGGAAGCAAGAAAGAAAUUAAUGAAUCAAAGAUGGCUAGCCACUACCCACUAAACAUUCUUCCUUGCACAAACUAGAAAAUAAAUUUUUUAAAAAGGCGGAAUUGUUUUUGUAUUUUUAAUUUGUCCCCUGAUUAUCAACUAAUUCUACUAAAUUGUCACGCAAUAGAAUGUUCCAUUCUUCGGAGAAAAGGUCUACGGUAGUGCAAGUAUGUGUAUGGUCACAACUCACAACACUUGCCAAUCGACUAUCUACGAAUAAUUAAUAGAUAUUUUUUUUUUGUUAAGGAUUAUAACGAGUUAUCUUCCAAGAAAAAAGAAAAUAAGUUAGCAUUAUCUUUCAAAUGUUUGACUUUUAUAAUUUCUUCUAGACAAGGAUCAUCGUUUAAUGGAUGAAUUGGGUGUGUGAUAAUGAUUUUUUUAUCAUGAAUUUGUGGUGUGAUAUUGAAUUUUAAUUCCAAAUUGAUCCAAACCGAUAAAACCCAACAAAAGGAAGAAAAUUUGAACCGCGGCCUAUAUUGGUGACUGUAAAAUCCUUAGCUCCAACCAAAAUUGGACGCAGAAGCUCCAAUAAAUAUGAAUCUAGAUCUCGGUCAUGUUUACCGGAACAUCAUAUUUGACUCUAAAUUGUACACAUGACAUGAAGAAAUUCACUUUAUUUCGUCUUAGUUGUCUAGUAAAAGAUCAUAGAUUUAAAUGUUGAAUAUCUUAUAUGACAUCAACUUAAAUAUGUCAUGCAACUCAAAAUCUGGAUGUAUUUGGCUUGCACGUCUCACAACUCUUUUAUUAUUAUUAUUAUUAUUAUUAUUAUUAUUAUUAUUAUUAUUAUAGAUAUCUGUUUAUGAAGAAUGCUACGAGAGGAGUGAAGGAAAGGAAAACGGCGUCGUACUUGAGAUAAAAAUUUGGAAACUCCAGGCUAAAAAUUAACAUAACGACGGCUCGGCCACAACUCCGUCGCCAACAUGUCUCACAACUCAAUAACAUUAUCACUUGGUUGUUGUAAACUUUGAUAUGGGCGAAAAACGUAAUGGCAUUCACCAUUGAGUCAACUAGCAUCCUUCCUAGGAAAAAACCAGCACAACACAAACAACAACCAUGUAUAAGGUAAAAAAAUGACUAAUUAAACUAGCAUUCACCCCCCUAACGAUUGAUAACCUAUGUUUUCAUAAUCGGAUUGGAAAUUUAAAUUUUCAAACUAUCUCACCAAAAAAAAUUAUUUGUUAAAUUCAACUUAGUAAUUAAGGUGGCAUUGCUUAGUGAACGAGAUAAAGUCGAGAAUUAGGUUGAGAAACGAAGAAAAUGAAGCAGAAAUAAAAUUAAUAACUAAAAUUGGAUGAUCUUAGUGUCCGUUAAAGUUUAUUUUCCUUAAUUUUUGGGUUAAAAACAGUGAACCAGAGGAUCAAUCAAACUGUGGUGGUUUGGUUUCAUAUCAAACCAUUAAAACCGCACGAUCAUCCCUAACAGUCCAAACAAAUGAAACGAACCGCUAUAUAUCGCACUAUGGUUUGUCAUUUCUACUGGUCUAUCCGCUGAUCUCGUUCGAUUCUUCUAACAAUGAUUGACAACUAAUUUUUCUUCAAUUUUCUUACCAUUCAACCUCAGUCAUUGCCCUAGAAGGACCUCAUCAUCGAUCCUAAUGCUACGAGUUAUGCAAUCACCAAUAAAUAUUCCUUUUGGUGUGUGGGUUUUUCUUUUUAUGUUUACUUUUACCCGUUCCUCUAUGUUGUAGCAGUGGGAAGAAUUAUUUCGGCGAUUCCCUCACCUCAACAUAAUUGUAAAUUUGACCUUUUAACUACCUCCAUGAUGAGAGACAGACAAGAGAAAAGCAGCUGUUACCUCACCCUUCUUCCUUGUGUUUCUUUCUUUCUUUCUUUCUUGUAUGUUUGAGAAAUGCAGACCAUCUCCUGCUUUCCAUCUUUAUCAAUAUAACCUUUUGCCCAAUUAUACAUACACUUUUACUUUCCCUGUUCAUCCACUUUUAUAAGGCUUAUUACACAUCAACCCCACAGAGUUAAAAUAUUCGACAAGAUUCACCCAGACGACCCAGUAAUAUAUAUCCUCCUUUUUUUUCCCCCUGUGGACGACGAACCCUUGAUUUGAAUAUGGACGAUAAUUCGCUGCAUGCAGGAGCUCCUGCUCCCAAGCUUCCAUCUGGCACCGUCUUACUUGUUCAUUUUUUUUCUUUGCUCUGAACAGACUGAAAGGGAAGUUUUGGUAAAUUAAAAAGACGACUAUAUAUUCUUUAGGAAUGUACUUGUGUUGACUGUUGCUGCCAUUAGUGGGUUAUCGAUCCGGAGGGAGGUUGACAUUAGUGUCCAAAUUGUGGAAAAUUUUGCAUCUUGAUGACAAACUUAAUAUAUUUUCGAAAGCCUUAAGGACUUGAGUCAUGCUGCAUUUUAUUAUCAUGGCGGAUUAUGAAGUUAUGAUAUGAAUAAUAAUUAUAGGGUUUCUGCAGCAAAGAGAAUCUAAUCUGAUCUUUUAUUUCAACCAAGGAGCAGAGAGGUCCACGCGUAAAAGAAGAGAGCCUUUUGUUAACUCUUCGCAGCAAAUGAGUGCUGCGUGUGUGCCUGCCAGUUUGUGUUCCCUUUACACAUUGAGAGCUAGCUGCGUUGCAUCCACUCACACUACUUAAAAUAAAAUUUCAUGAAUUUAAUUAUUUGGACAUUCCUUUUGAUUUCAAUAGAUCACCUGCCUUGCCUUUUAAAAUCAUUGAGAUUCAACUUUCGCUUUCCCUUGCAAAUUGCAAGCAAGCAGAAAAUUCAUAUUCCAAGUCAUUAUGUUUUCUCAAAUCGUUUGGUAUGUCAUGGAUUACAUCAACUAGAUCAUCGUCAUAUGCCCGAUACAAAAUCGAUCUUUGCCUGAGCGAGGUUAGUCAGUUUUGGCGUGCAUGAGGCCGUGUCAAGCACACCGCAACUCAUCUAUAUGGUAAUCAUGUCGACCUACCACACUGGACUACUAUAUGAUAUGCAGAUGAUCGAUUAAUAUUGUGGACAUAUAUAUGAACUAAAAUUUUCUUAUGUUUGGAAGCGAAAUAUCCCCAUAACAAGAUAGAAUAUUUAAAGAUGCAAGAGAUCAAACAAGACACUAGCUAUAGAGACUAUGAAGAACCUUUGGGUUUAGAAAUUCAUAGGUGUUUUUGGUAAACUAGUUUUUAUGCUAUGGGCACAAGUCUAAUUAUCAGUUAUAGUUAAUAGGAUGUUAAUACAUGAAAAUAUAUAUCAUGUUAAUACUAAUACGAUUAGAUUAGUAAAGUGGAAUCACAGUUUGUUUUUGGUUGCUUAAUCAAGCUGUACAAAUAACAAAUUAACUAGAGAGCCCAAAUCAAUGGUGGUAACUAAGUGCUUUCUGCAGUCCGACCAACCAAUACAAUGACUAAAUGAGAUAGAAUUAUCUUCAUAAUACUUAAGUUCAUAUUACGUGAUAAAUCCAAAUUAUAUUAAUUAAUUAUCAGCAGACUCGUAUUACAAUUCUCAUUAAUUAUACAUCCAUCAACUAAAUUUGAUCAACACUUAUGUGAUGUGCAAUCGUUUUCAAGAAUUUUAGCUAUGAAUUAAAUUAUUUCAUUCAAUGCCUUUCGUCCAAGUAAUCGCCGGUUCUGUGAAGUAAUAAAUUCUAUAGAUCGACUGACUGAGUAAACAAGCUUGUUGGAAACGGGGGUAGUAGUUGGCCAAUAAAGAAAAGAAUAUUAUAUUACGCAUUUUUCUUCUUCUUCUUCUUCUUCUUCUUCUUCCGUUUUUGAUGUCUCCGUUUGUGGCAGCAAUUAACCACACAACAACAGUGUUAGUUUCAAAGUCAGUAGUUUAAAGUCGGCACUCCAUGAAAACUGGGACUGUUACGUUGUUGUUUCUCUUCCAGACUUGCAGUUAUAGGUAGCGGGUUGGCAAACCCAGAGGAUACGUGUCAUUCCUAGCUAGUCUUGGGAUUUCAAUUAUGCCGUAAUUUAGGAUUCUGACAUGUAAUGAUGAUGAUCAACGAUUUUCUCGUGAUGUUAGGGGAAAAAAAACAAGAUUUUUUCAUGGAAACUUGUACAUCUGGUUUGGUCACAUUUCCUGAGCCAUAGCCCGUGUUAAUUAUCAAUGCAGUCAAAAUCGCGCUUUAAAACUUAAAAACUUACGAUUUUACGUUUUUAGGUCAACAAAACGCUUUCGUUUCCAUAUAAAAACUUAAGUGUAUGAAAUCGAACUAAAUUGCGCUUUAAAGC